CAAGAUUUUGGUUUUGGACACGUGACCUGGAACGCUCAGCCAUAAAAGCCUUGAGUUUCGGCCCUGCCAGGUUCACACUGUUAGGUCAGGAUGAGGGGGCUGCUCGCAUUCGCCGCGCUGUUUGUGGCCGUUCUCGGCAAGGACACAUUUAACGGUCAUCAGGUGCUUCGCAUCGUUGCAAAGAAUGAAGCCCAGCUGUCUCUUAUCAAGGAGCUGGAUGACAUGGUCCAGUUCGAGCUGGACUUCUGGAGGGGGGUGACUGAUGUGGCGACUCCCGUGGAUGUCAGAGUUCCCUUCCACAGCCUGCAGUCCAUCAAAAUUCACCUGGAGAGUCUGGACAUCGAGUACUCCAUCAUGAUCCAAGACCUCCAGGCAAUGCUGGAUGAGGAGCAGGAGGAGAUGGAGUCCGCUGCUCGUCUUGCUGAGCCCAGAAACACUGACAGCUUCGACUACUCUAGGUACCACACCAUCAGCGAGAUCUACAGUUUCCAGGACAUGCUGGUGGCUGAGAAUCCCAAACUGGUCAGCAAGGUUGUGAUCGGUCAGAGCUACGAGGGUCGUCCCCUGAAUCUGCUCAAGUUCAGCACUGGUGGAACCAACCGUCCCGCCAUCUGGAUCGACACUGGAAUCCAUUCCAGAGAGUGGGUCACUCAGGCCAGCGGCACCUGGUUCGCCAAGAAGAUUGUGACUGAUUAUGGAACUGACCCCGUUCUCACCGCCAUCCUCAACAAGAUGGACAUCUUCAUUGAGAUUGUGACCAACCCUGAUGGCUUCUACUACACUCACAACUCAAACCGUAUGUGGCGUAAGACCAGGAAGCCCAACUCCGGCUCCAGCUGUGUGGGAGUCGAUCCCAACAGGAACUGGGAUGCUGGUUUUGGAGGAGCUGGUGCCAGCGGCAACCCCUGCUCAGAGACCUUCCGUGGACCCAGGGCUAACUCUGAGUCUGAGGUCAAGUCCAUUGUGGACUUUGUGAAGUCCCAUGGUAACUUCAAGGCCUUCGUCUCCAUCCAUGCCUACUCCCAGAUGCUCCUGUACCCCUACGGCUACACCAGGACUCCAGCCAGGGACCAGACCGAGCUGCACAAUCUGGCUAAGAAGGCCAUCACAGACCUGGCCUCUCUGUACGGUACUAGCUACAGAUUCGGCAGCAUCAUCCGCACCAUCUACCAAGCUAGCGGUGGCACCAUCGACUGGACCUACAACCAGGGCAUCAAGUACUCCUACACCUUCGAGCUGAGGGACACCGGCCGUUACGGCUUCAUCCUGCCAGCCAAUCAGAUCAUCCCAACCGCCAAGGAGACCUGGCUGGCUCUGAUGGCUAUCAUGGACCACACCUUCAAGAACCCCUACUAAUCUGUGUGUGUGUACUUUAACCUGUGGAGAGGUUAAACCAUGAUCAGUAAAAUGUCAUCUACAAGAUUAACAUCACAUCAUCAGCAUACAUCAUGACUCUUGAGACAAAUAAAUAAGCAUUCUUGAAAACUUUGUUCAUGUUUAUGCACAUAACAAAUGUCACAUUUAAGACCUGUCUGCAUUAUUACCACAUCCUUUAAACCUCUUUUUACUCAUACUUGGUGAAACUUAAAAAGCAUAAUUAACCUUAAAUAACAAAAAAAUGUUUGAUCUAAAUUGAUUUCCCUCACUCUUAUCAUGAUCAUGUCACUUUUUGUGCCAAUCUUAUCUUAUGCUUACGGAUAACAAUUUGAGUUUUUGUUGUCUUAUUUACAUUGUUCUGUUUUAACCCAAAUGUGACUGGAUUAAGAGGUUGUUACAUUUUUCAUCCAGUAAACUACUGAAUUAGAUGAGCCUCUCUCUUAAAGGUAGAUAUAAUUAAAAGCCAUUGAACAAAAUAAACCACUUAGUCGCAUUUGUGA